AUGGGGUUGAGAAUAGAGCGAUCGGUCUGGGCUGGCAAUGUCUACACCGCGCUUUAUAACUGUUCACGGUUACAUCCGUGCUCCUCUCUGUCCUCGCUGUCUGGAUCUGUCGUCCGUCUUCACCUGCGUGUCUUCGUGGGUUCACACCUCGCUCAGCAGCCUGGGGACUCUACUCACAUGCCCAGAGGACGGCUCAGGAAAAAGAAGUCCCGCCCCUCCGGGGCUCUGAUUGGUCAGGCCUGGUGGAGCCAGCAGCGGUGGCGGCCGAUUGGCUGCAGAACGCAGCCCGCGCAUAGACGCCAUGGCCUCGCCCUGGUGUCCGUUGUCUGUGGGCCGCAGGGUAGAGGCGCCCCGAGAGUGGGGGGCUCAGCGCCCCGAAGAGCCUGGAGCAGGAAGGACGUGGUCAGCCCCGCCUCCGUCGUCAGCGCAGUCAGCCUGGUCUGGAAGAGCUCUGGGCUCUGGCCUUUUGUAGCCCCAGAGAGGAGAGACAGGACAAGGAGACGGAGAGGACCUCCACAGAGCCAGGUUGCUUUACUGGAGGCAGAGAGGUUGGGACAGUCCGUUCAGAUUUGGGACUCGGGUCUUCUCUGCUUAUCUGUUUUGCCACUUGCAUGGCAAGGAGUUGAGAAGGCCCCAAGGGUCUCCACAAAAGGGAGAAAAGAAGAUAUGCUUCUUAAACAAGUCAACGUGAAUAUGACUGAAUUACAGGAAUGGCAAGCAGGGCUGCUGGUGACUCCCUGGGAAGACGACAAGCCUCCCCCCCACAUACCUAUUGGCAGUGAGUCUGGGGAUCUGCGCCAGCUCAUCUCAGGAUUGAAAGGCCCUCACUUGAACUGUCCUGUGAGAUAGUGAAUGCCACAUCCUUGACUAAGAGACCGUUGAAAUCUGUGUCAUCACUGAACAGAAGGGCGAACACUGUCCUGUCAGCUUAUGGAAUUUGAAUACCCUAUCCUCAAAAAAGGGAAAUGUGAACACACAUUGUCCAGUACAGACUGAGGAAUUGUCACCCAGUACUCAGCUGAAGACAGCCAAAUUCCUUCUCCUUAUUGACAGUGGGGGAAAGCUGUGCCCUUACAUGAGAGUAAGGCGAAUGCUAUGUCUUCACAUGAAGACAUUUUGAGAUCCUGUCCUGGAGUUGAAGUGAGGGUGAAUGUGGUAUCCCUCAAUUGAUGGUAGGAUGAAUGCCCUGUCUUUUCCUGAUAGAAGGUUGAAUGCUCUAUGUCCAUCUGAUAGAACAUGAAGGAAGUAUCAUCAUGUGAGUGUUGUGAAUGCAGGAUCCUCACAUGAUGUUAGGGUGAAGGCUGCAUCAUCAUGGAGAUGUGAGCCAUGUGCCCUCACAGAAGUCUGCAUCCAGUGUUCUCAUUAAUUGGAAAAUGAAGGUCCUGUCCUCACCUGAUGGAAGGGGGGGUUGUGUUCUGUUGAUAGAAGGGGAAACAUCCUUUCCUCACCCAAGGGAAGGGUGGACACCCUCUUCUCAUGAGUCCAUGGGAUGAAAGCCAUGUCCUUUCAUGAUGAAACCCUGUAGGUAGGGGGAAUGUCCUGUCCUCAGCAGAGAGUAUGGAUGAUGCCAAGCACUCGCAUGACGUAAGUGUAGAUGUCACUUCCUCGCAAGUUGGUAGGGUUCAAGUCUUGUUCUCACAUGAUAGAAGGGUGAAUGCCACAUCUUCAUUGGGUGGAACUUUGAGCGCUCUUCCUAAGCCUGAGGAAAGACUCAGUCUCUGUCAUCACAAAUGCCCUAUUCUGUGCUGAUGGAAAAGUAAUCACGUGGUCACUUCUGUGAGAAUGUGCAUACCUGCUCUUCAACUUAAGGAAGGAUGGAGUCUUUGUUCUCAUUGGACAGAAAGGCAAACAGCAUGAUCUCACCAUACAGAGUUUUAAAUGCCCUCUUCUCACUAAGGGAUGUGUGAACAUACUAUUCCAUAUUGACUAAAAGACUAGGACCCAGUACUCACAUGAUGGGAGGCUGACUGCCUUCUCUUCUUUACAUUGAAGAAAGGUGAAUUCCAUCUCUUCACAUGAAGAUAGGGGAAAGUUUCUGUCCUCUGUGAUAGAAGGGUGAAUGUGGGGUCCUCAAUCAUGGUUGGGUGAAUGCCCAGCCCUUUCCUGAUGGAGGGUUGAGAGUCUGUUCUCACUUAAUGGAAGGUUGAGGGAUGUGUUGUCAUGUGAGUGUCUGGGGAAUGCAGGGUCCUUACAUGAUGGUGGGGUGAAGGCCAUGCUGUCAAGUGAUGGAACAGUGAAUACCUUCUUCUCAGGCAUGGAGAGGUGAACCUCGAGCCUCCUGAUUCCAUUAGUUCAAUGUUGUGACCUGACCAAAUGGGCAGGUGCAUGCCCUCUCUACAUCUGAUAGAAGUGCAAGUGUCCUAUCUUCACCUGGUGCAAGCAUGAAUAGAGUUUCCUAACCUGAUGGAGGGUGAAUUCUACAGAGUUUGCUGUUGGAAGGGGAAAUGUCAUCUCCUCAUCUGCAGGGGAGGGUGGACACCCUCAUCUCAUGUUUCAGCAGAAGGAAACCAUGUUCUCACAUGAUGAGAGGUUGGAAGCUGUGUCUUCACCUGAAGGGAUGCUGUGAAUGGCUGUCCUCACCUGAGGGAAAGGUGAUGUUAUGUUCAUAUGUGAAAGAAGUUGAUGCCAUUGCAUCUCAUG